AUGGAGGUGUCGGGCUCGCGGUCUGGAGUGCGAGACGCGUCACCAAUCCUAGGUCCCUCUGAUCCUACGUCUCGACCAAAUUCCUCAAAGUCGACUCGCAGACGAGAGGUAGAAAAACACCGUGAGGUCACAACCACCGUCGGGCCAACGCCCAGCAUCGGUCAGUUCUCUUUUGCUCCGGCUACCCGUACCACCGUCGUCACCACCACUACAACCACCACCACCAACUUUCCUCCUCUUAUCUUCAAUCCUCCGCGCUCCGCUCGCGAACUCAACCCCAAAUUAUAUCCUCUUGCUUCAUAUCCUACUCCGUCCGCUCUGCGAAAUUUUCAGUUCGAACUCGAUGGCCAGUCUGUGGUAUUCAAUGAACCAGAAGAUACCGAUGCCGCUCUACACGAGAUACAUGAACAGCAUGUCGCUUUGAAGUCGUCAAAAGGUGUACUUACGUCGGUCGCAGGCUACGACGGUUCCGGUCAGAACGCCAGCCCUCGUGCCUCUAUCUCCCGUCCAUCGAGUGUUACAGCAUCCAAACGCCGAGCCGUUUCCCCGUUUACAUACCCCGAAGCAUCUGGCAAGCGUACUCGGUCUCUGAUGGUUCCUUUGGAUUCUCGUGGGCAACAAAGAAAGAGUCGCCUGGGAGGGAUUGCCUCCGCCACUAAUUCGUCAGUUGCCGGCCUAGCCACCCCUGAAACCGAAACAACUCGCUUUCGCUUUGAUCAACAUGCUGCUUUGAGAAAGCGUCUUCAUACCGACAAAGUUGGACAGUCUGUAACCUCUGCCGCAUCCUCUCAAGGCGACGCCGCUCUUUCCCAGACUUCAACUCCAAGUCAGACAUUCGCUUCAAAGACUCGUGUUCGACAUCAGAGUCCAGUUGAGACAACGCCAGUACUCGAAGAUCAGUCGAGCUCCAUGACACAUGUUUUGUCGGACUACCAUGGCCAAGACCCUCAGUCGGCUACAGAAGACGAUGGAUCUGGUGAAACUCUCGCUGCAGACAAUGAAGGAACCCAAGAACCAGAGUCUUUUCAACAGACUGCUCCAACCGCUCUGUCUACUCAUGGGUCAGUCCUCGGUCAAGACAUGUGCCUGCCCAGCCCGAGCCUGUCUCCAGUAACCGCCAUGAAUACUCACAACCCAGACUACUUUCUUGAGUUUCCAGACGACCAAGGAACAGAUACGGACUCCAGCUUGGAUAACCAUGUUCCUAUUCUAUCCAACACCCUCCGACAGAAGACUAUGCGCAGCGUGUCUAGCAGCCAAACAUCUACGAACGACACUGCUGUUCAAUCACGGCCCACGACUCUAAUGGAUAUUCCUGGCACGCUGGACUUUUUCGAAGCUAUACCGGACGAGAUGAAGACAUAUAUGAUGUAUCAGCUUUUGAAGCGUUGUCCCAAGCCUACCCUCCAGUUUGUGGCCGAUAUUGUCAACCCUGCGUUGAAGUGCGACUUUUUAGCUCUUUUACCCGCAGAACUGACGCUCAACAUUGUAAAGUAUUUCGAUUAUCAGACCAUGUGUCGGGCUUCUCAGGUUUCGAAGAAAUGGCGUCAUAUCAUCAACUCGGAUGAACGGCAUUGGAAGGAGUUGUUUGAGACCGCUGGGUUCAAGCUUCCUCCGGGCGAACUCCAGCAGGCUAUUAGAGAAGGUUGGGGUUGGCAGUUUCCUAAUGGACCAGAGGAUUACGAGAAGGAUAUCUCUACUCCAAAUAUCAACAUUGAUACCGACUACUUCAACCAAACAUCGAAUCUUUCGUCGAGUUUCCUGUCUAACUCGCUUUCCAUAGACACUGUUUCUCCUCGUCGAUCCAAAAGGAAAGCCAACAGAACGCCGAGUCGAAAGGCUGUCAGGCGUAAAUUGACUUCAUCUCGCAGGAUAGGAUCCCCAGCCUCAGAUUCAGACUGGAUCAACGAGCUUUCACUCAUUGAGGGACCCACUGCCGCAGCGAAUGCCGCGGCUGCUGCCAUUCCCUAUCCUGACGUUGGCCUCGGCUCACUUCGUAGUUUGCAUCUCUACAAGUCGCUCUAUCGACGCCAUCUUUCCAUUCAAAAAAGCUGGAUGCGUUCUGACUUGAAGCCAAAGCACCUAGCUUUCCGUGCUCAUGAUCGCCAUGUCGUCACCUGUCUCCAGUUUGACUCGGAGAAGAUCCUCACCGGUAGUGAUGAUACCAAAAUCCAUGUAUACGACACUAAGACCGGGGCGUUGAGAUCUGUUCUUGAAGGUCAUGAAGGCGGUGUUUGGGCUUUGGAAUAUCACGAGAACACACUUGUUUCUGGUUCCACCGAUCGAUCAGUGCGUGUGUGGGAUAUUGAAAAGGCCAAGUGUACGCAGGUAUUCCACGGACACACUUCUACGGUUCGAUGCCUGCAGAUUUUGCUUCCCGCUGAAGUUGGGAAGAAUCCCGAUGGGUCUUCAAUCAUGAUGCCCAAGGAACCGCUUAUCAUUACAGGAUCGCGUGAUUCCAAUCUCCGAGUUUGGAAGUUACCAAAACCGACCAAUCCUUAUUAUCUUGACGCCAGCUCACAUGCGGAGGAUACUGAUUGUCCAUACUUCCUACGCACUUUGUCUGGCCAUCAAUACUCUGUCCGCGCCAUCGCAGCACAUGGGGACACUUUGGUCUCAGGAAGUUACGACUGCACUGUUCGGGUUUGGAAGAUUUCGACCGGAGAGUGCUUGCACAGACUACAAGGCCAUACGCUCAAAGUCUACAGUGUUGUUUUGGAUGUGGAGAGGAAUCGUUGCAUCAGUGGCUCCAUGGAUAAUAUGGUCAAAGUCUGGUCAUUGGACACCGGGGCUUUGCUUUAUAAUCUAGAAGGCCAUACAUCACUCGUGGGUCUCUUGGACCUCAAGGGUGACCGUUUGGUCUCUGGAGCGGCCGACUCGACACUCAGGAUCUGGGAUCCGGAGAACGGUCAGUGCAAAAACACACUAACUGCUCAUACUGGAGCCAUUACCUGCUUCCAGCACGAUGGCGAAAAGAUCGUUUCAGGAUCUGACAGAACACUAAAAAUGUGGAAUGUACGAAACGGCGAAUGCGUCAAGGACCUUCUUCGAGACCUCAGUGGGGUGUGGCAAGUACGAUUCAAUGAGCGCACUUGCGUGGCGGCUGUCCAGCGAGAUGGGUUGACUUAUAUUGAGGUUCUCGAUUUCGGUGCUUUCCGGGAUGGUGUUCCCGAAUACCGACUCGGUAAACGCAUACUGGUCGACCGGUUUGGUCUUUCCGUUGACAACGACGACGAUGAAGACGAUUACGAUGCUACUGAAUAA